CAAGUGUUUUAAGUUCAUUGAACUCCCAAGAAAAAGGAUAGAGUCGGCAGACCACUAGCUAGCCAGAUAAUAUGUCGAGUAAUGGUGCAUUAGAAGAAGCAAGGGUUCCUUUGAUUGAAGAUUUAGCUUCAGCAGAGCGAUUGAAAGCAGAACAAGACGAUCAAAAUCAAUCUCUUAUGAAAAGGGUAUGGAUUGAAUCAAAGAAGCUAUGGCAGAUAGUUGGUCCUGCCGUCUUUAGCCGCCUAGCCUCUUACUCCAUGCUGGUUAUCACUCAAGCCUUUGCAGGCCACCUUGGUGAUCUUGAGCUUGCUGCAAUGUCCAUUGCAAAUAAUGUCAUCGUCGGUUUUGACAUUGGCCUCUUGUUGGGCAUGGCUAGUGCACUUGAAACACUAUGCGGCCAAGCCUUUGGAGCAAAGAAGUACUACAUGUUGGGAGUAUACAUGCAACGUUCAUGGAUUGUUCUUUUCCUGUGUUGUAUUUUGCUUUUGCCUUUAUAUCUCCUUGCUUCCCCAGUCUUGAAGCUAUUGGGACAGCCUAAAGACAUUGCAGAGCUAUCAGGGAUUGUUUCUAUGUCGAUGAUACCACUUCAUUUCAGCUUUGCAUUUCAGUUUCCUCUGCAGAGAUUCUUGCAGAGUCAGUUGAAAAACAUGGUGAUUGCAUGGGUUUCCCUGGUGGCUCUCUUGGUCCAUGUGUUGGUUAGUUGGCUGUUUGUGUAUAGGCUUCAGCUUGGACUUGUUGGAACUGCGAUUACCUUGAACUUUUCUUGGUGGAUUUUGGUUUUCGGCCUUUUUGCCUAUACUGUUUGUGGUGGGUGCCCUUUUACUUGGACUGGCUUCUCCAUGGAAGCAUUUUCUGGCCUUUGGGAAUUCAUCAAACUCUCUACUGCUUCUGGGGUCAUGCUUUGCUUGGAGAACUGGUACUAUAGAAUAUUAAUUUUAAUGACUGGGAAUCUGAAAAACGCAAAGAUUGCCGUGGAUGCUUUGUCCAUAUGCAUGUCGAUUAAUGGAUGGGAACUGAUGAUACCUUUCGCAUUCUUUGCUGGAACCGGAGUGAGGGUGGCGAAUGAGCUUGGAGCUGGGAAUGGGAAAGGAGCUAAGUUUGCAACAACAAUUUCAGUGGUGACAUCAGUUAUAAUUGGCAUCUUCUUUUGGACGUUGAUUAUGAUUUUUCAUGAUAAGAUUGCUCUUAUAUUUUCCACAAGUGAACCAGUUUUGAAAGCAGUAAACAACCUCUCACUUCUCUUGGCCUUCUCCAUUCUGCUCAAUAGUGUUCAACCAAUUCUAUCUGGGGUUGCAGUGGGAUCUGGGUGGCAAUCCUAUGUGGCUUACAUAAAUUUGGGUUGCUACUAUCUGAUUGGGGUUCCACUCGGAAUCUUGAUGGGAUGGGGCUUCCACCUAGGAGUAAAGGGAAUUUGGGCUGGAAUGAUCUUUGGUGGGACAGCAGUUCAGACUGUGAUACUGGCCAUUAUUACCAUUCGGUGUGAUUGGGACAAGGAGGCUGCGAAAGCAAGCCUGCACGUAAAGAAGUGGUCAGAGACAAAGUAAUUGAAUGCUCAUAUAUUAAUCUUGUUUAAGACAAGGAUCUUAUGACAGAAAACAUUACCUAAUUUUGAAGUGAUCCGAAUGGUCUUAGUCAUCUUACAAGUUACAAGGGCCUACUAAACUUUGAUUGGCCAUUUGAUAUUGAAGUUCCUUGUUUGUAGUUCUUUUUUCUUUUCCAGCUGGUACUACCAUCUUUGUAAUUUUCUUUAAUUUCCGAAUGAAAUUGCAAAAUUGUUGUGGCAAUAAAAACCACGGUCGUCCACGGAGCAUUUCUUUGUGUUUCUAUUCACCUGUCCAAUCCUAAAGUUCAUGGGGGACUGCCUACAAAUGUGGCAGAGCUAAGAGGGGUUACUUCACCAUUAAUGAUAAUACCAUCAUUCACUUCAGCUUUUGCUUUCAUGUUUCCUUCGCAAAUGUUCUUGCAAAAGCCAGCUCAAGGCGCAUCUGUCCUUUGCUUGGCUAUCUUUGAUGGUGCAUGUAAUCAGAAGUCAGUUGUUUCUCUUUUAUUUUAAGCUUGGAGUGGUUUUUAUCAAGCUCUCUGCUGCUUCAGCCGUCAGGGCUCAUGCUCUGUUACUUCCCACCCGGCCCUCUCUAUGAAUUUAUGUAAUCGAAUGGAAAAACCAAUUAACAGCAAAGGAAAUUG